AUAGAGUAGCCUGCGUAUUACGUUGGCGAUAUUGGUCGGAUUUAGUCGGACAUACGGCAAUUCAGUCGAUUUACUCGGACAUGCGGCAAUCCUAUCGUCGGGUUUGUGGUUAAUUUGUUCGGCAUCAAUCAAGCAUCAUCUUGUCGUUCAGGUAUAAUAAUGGAACCCCAGUUGGGAACAUCAAAACAGUAUUUUCUGGGAUAUUUGUCGAAAAUACUAACGUGAUGAUAGCUGAGGAAUAAACGCCAUGCCGUCGGAAUCGAGGAUCGUCUUGAUAACUGGAGCAAACUCCGGUGUUGGCUUCGCAACAGCUAAAGUGCUCACUGCCUCGUCGUCCAGCUACCAUGUUAUCAUAGGCGCCCGCAACCCAGCAAAGGGAGCAGAAGCCCUUAAAACCCUUCAAGUGGACCCUAACACCAAAGGCUCAUUAUCAACAAUAUAUAUCGAUUCAACCGAUGAGUCGUCCAUUACUGCGGCUGCAGAAGAAGUCAAGAAACGGUUCGGAAGGCUUGAUGCGCUGAUCAACAAUGCUGGCAUCUAUCUCCGAUCUGAAAACCUUGCGUGGGAGAUGGAGACACAGUUCAAAACAAAUGUCGUCGGACCAGCACUAACCACUCGUGCAUUCAUGCCCUUACUUCUCAAAUCGGAAAAGCCCUAUCUAGUCUAUAUCAGCAGCUCUCUUGGGUCAUUGGGAACAGCCGAAGAUCCCGGGCGAUUCGAUUAUAGAAUUGGAGCGAUUGGAUACCGAGUUAGCAAAUUGGCUAUGAAUAUGGUCAUGUUGGAAGAGCACAAAGAGUUUGGAUCGCAAGGGGUUAAAGUAUUUUCUGUUUGCCCGGGUUUGGUUGAGUCAAAUCUGAGAGGACCAGGUGAGCAGGCACGAACCGCUGGCGGAGAUGCAGGCCCAGCGGAAGAGUCAGGAAUAUUGUUACUGAAUGUGCUUGAGGGCAAGAAGGAUGAUAACGCUGGCAAAUUUCUCUACAAGGAUGGCGUUCGUCCUUGGUAGGCUUUAGAUCUUACUCGCUCUCAAGUGCUGUGUUUUUUAUAUACAUGGGUUGAACAAUGUUGCCUGUCAAGUGUUGUCGGGUGAUCAAUAGUCGAGAAAUCAAUAGCAUACUCACUCGGCUG